AUGGGGUAUAAAAGUACAAAAGAUGCUUUUGAAAAUGCUGCUGAAAAUGGAAAUCUUGAAGUAAUUAAACAUUUACAUGAAUUAGGGUAUAAAGGAAAAGGACCGGCACUUGAUUGUGGAUAUGAAUCAGGGUAUAAAGUUACAGAAUUAGCAAUUGAUAGCGCUGCAGAAAAUGGUCACCUUGAAAUUAAUGAAAUAUUAAAAGAAUAUGGGUAUAAUAAUUGUGAUAAUAAAAUUGAUUUUGUUGCAAAAAAAGGUAGACUUGAUCUAAUUAAAAUAUUAAUUCAAAAAGGAGAACAAGGGACAAGUUGGACAAUUGAUAAUGCUGCUAAAAGUGGAAAUUUAGAUAUGGUAAAAUAUUUACAUGAAUUAGGGUAUAAAGGGACAAAAGAUGCAAUUGAUAAUGCUGCUAAAAGUGGAAAUUUAGAUAUGGUAAAAUAUUUACAUGAAUUAGGGUAUAAAGGGACAGGAUGGGCAAUUAAUAAUGCAGCAAGAAAAGGAAAUUUAGAUAUGGUAAAAUAUUUACAUGAAUUAGGGUAUAAAGGGACAAAAGAUGCAAUUGAUAAUGCUGCUAAAAGUGGAAAUUUAGAUAUGGUAAAAUAUUUACAUGAAUUAGGGUAUAAAGGGACAGAAUGGGCAAUUAAUAAUGCCGCAAGAAAAGGAAAUUUAGAUAUGGUAAAAUAUUUACAUGAAUUAGGGUAUAAAGGGACAAAAGAUGCAAUUGAUAAUGCUGCUAAAAGUGGAAAUUUAGAUAUGGUAAAAUAUUUACAUGAAUUAGGGUAUAAAGGGACAGGAUGGGCAAUUAAUAAUGCAGCAAGAAAAGGAAAUUUAGAUAUGGUAAAAUAUUUACAUGAAUUAAGUAGAAAUCUUGAAGUACUAAAAUAUUUACAUGAAUUAGGGUAUAGAGGAACAGAUAUUGCAAUUGAUUUUGCUGCUUCAAGUGGAAAUCUUGAAGUACUAAAAUAUUUACAUGAAUUAGGGUAUAAAGGAACAGAAGAUGUAAUAGAUGAAGCUGUUGAAAGUGGAAAUCUUGAAGUACUAAAAUAUUUACAUGAAUUAGGGUAUAAAGGUACAAAAGAUGUAAUAGAUAAAACUGUUGAAAGUGGAAAUCUUGAAGUACUAAAAUAUUUACAUGAAUUAGGGUAUAAAGGUACGGUACGGGUAUUUGAUAAUGCAGCAAGAAAUGGAAAUUUAGAUAUGGUAAAAUAUUUACAUGAAUUAGGGUAUAAAGGUACGGUAUGGGUAAUUGAUUAUGCUGAUGAAAGUGGAAAUCAUGAACUACUAAAAUAUUUACAUUCUAUUGGAUAUAAAUAA